CCCUCCCCGCCCGUGGAGCCUUCCAGAAGUCGCCGGCAGAACCGUGCGGCUUGCAGUGUAGCAACACUCCAGAACAACAUCUUUAAAACUCACUUUUCUAAGUACUGAGCGCACAUAGCGACUCUUAAAUCGUCACUCAACAUGUCCUCGUUGGGCACACUGGCAUUUGAUGAAUAUGGCAGGCCUUUUAUCAUCAUUAAAGACCAAGACAAGAAGACUCGGCUAACGGGAAUUGACGCAUUGAAGUCUCACAUCAUGGCAGCCAAAGCAGUCGCUUCAACGCUGAAAACAUCUUUGGGACCUAACGGUCUGGACAAAAUGAUGGUUGACAAGGAUGGAGAGGUGACUGUCACUAACGAUGGAGCCACUAUUCUCAGCAUGAUGGAUGUGGACCACCAGAUUGCCAAGCUUAUGGUGGAGCUGUCCAAGUCCCAAGAUGAUGAGAUUGGUGAUGGAACCACUGGAGUUGUCGUGCUGGCCGGAGCACUGCUCGAGCAGGCCGAGCAGCUGGUGGACCGAGGGAUCCACCCCAUCAGGAUCUCCGAUGGUUACGACCAGGCUGCAUGUGUUGCUAUAGAGACACUAGACAAAAUGGCAGAAAGUUUUCCCUGUGACCCCAACAACACUGAACCUCUCAUCCAGACUGCCAUGACAACACUGGGAUCAAAAGUAAUUAACCGGUGCCACAGACAGAUGGCAGAGAUCGCAGUGAAUGCAAUCCUCACUGUGGCUGACAUGGAAAGGAAGGAUGUAGACUUUGAGCUCAUCAAGGUGGAAGGGAAAGUAGGAGGAAAGCUGGAGGACACACAGCUCAUCAAGGGUGUGGUAGUUGACAAAGAGUUCAGCCACCCUCAGAUGCCCAAGGCUCUAAAUGAUGCUAAAAUCGCUAUCUUGACCUGCCCGUUUGAGCCUCCAAAGCCAAAGACCAAGCAUAAGUUGGAUGUGACCUCAGUUGAGGACUACAAAGCCCUGCAGAAGUAUGAAAAAGAAAAGUUUGAAGAGAUGAUCCAGCAGGUCAAGAGCACUGGUGCUAACUUGGCCAUCUGCCAGUGGGGCUUUGAUGACGAGGCGAACCACCUUCUGCUGCAAAACGAGCUGCCUGCCGUGCGCUGGGUCGGCGGGCCAGAGAUUGAAUUGAUAGCGAUAGCCACCGGGGGGCGGAUUGUGCCGAGGUUCAGUGAGCUGACGCCAGAAAAGCUGGGCACCGCCGGCUUAGUGAAGGAAAUCUCCUUUGGCACAACUAAGGACCACAUGCUGAUGAUCACAGAAUGCAAAAACACCAGGGCCGUAACCAUUUUCAUCCGUGGUGGCAACAAAAUGAUCAUCGAGGAAGCUAAGCGUGCGCUCCAUGAUGCUCUGUGUGUAAUUCGCAAUUUGGUCAGAGACAACCGUGUUGUUUACGGCGGCGGAGCGUCAGAGAUUGCAUGUGCUCUCGCUGUGAACCAGGCGGCGGAUAAGUGCCCAUCAUUGGAACAGUAUGCCAUGAGGUCAUUUGCUGAUGCUCUAGAGGUCAUCCCAAUGGCGUUGGCUGAGAACAGCGGUCUCAGCCCCAUCCAGACUAUGACCGAGGUCAGAGCCAGACAAGUAAAGGACAACAACCCUUUCCUUGGCAUCGACUGCUUGCACAAAAACACCAAUGACAUGAAGCAGCAACAUGUAAUUGAGACCUUGAUUGGCAAGAAGCAGCAGAUUAUUUUGGCUACCCAGGUGGUUAAGAUGAUCCUAAAGAUAGAUGACAUCCGAAACCCAGGAGAGAGCGAAGACUGAAGCUCCCCGACUGAAGGAAAGCAGCUCAAGUGUGCUCUGGAAGGGUUAAAUGUGUGAGCUGUUUCAGAGGUCCUUGGCACUUCCUCGAGCUCCAUGUCCACAUCUCACUGCGUAUUGCUAUUUAUCAUUUGAUACAUGUCCAAGCUUUAUUCGUUACAAAGUCACCAAUAAAACAUUUGACUGAUGAAAUUUC